ACCACCACCAUAUUCAACCACCAUCAUGGGGGAAUCUUACAGCACAGAGAGCACUAUGAGACUUCGCGCGUCUUGGAAGGAUGACCGGCCGCUCAAGCACCCAGGAAUCCCCACCAAAAUAGACCGCAGUCGCUGGCGCAUGCGCAGCGACUCAGGCCGGCACACAUGGCACUACCUAGACGACGACGAAGCCGCCAAAGAGUGGCCUCUGAGCCUAGCAGACAAGUACUACCUCAACCUCCCUUUGAACCAACCCACCCUCCCACUGCCCACCAGGCCUCUCGACGCCCUUCAAAAUGGCCUCACCUACUUUUCCAAGCUGCAGCUGCCGCCCGGGCACUGGGGCUGCGAGUACGGCGGCCCAAUGUUCUUGCUUCCCUCUGUCGUCUUCGCCUGGGUAGCGACCAACACCCCGAUCCCCUGGCCCUAUGCCAUUGAACUACGAAACUACCUAUUCGCACAUGCACACCCCGAGCUCGGCGGCUGGGGCCUCCACAUCGAAGGCGACAGCACCGUCUUCGGCACAUCACUCAAUUACACCGUACUACGCCUCCUCGGCGUCGAUGCCGAACACCCCAUCAUGGUGAAAGCGCGAGCGCGGUUACAUUCGUUAGGAGGAGUAAUCAAAGCGCCACACUGGUCCAAGUUCUUCCUCGCCAUGCUGGGCGUGUGCGACUGGGACAUUGUCAACCCGAUACCGCCCGAAUUAUGGCUACUGCCGGACUGGAUCCCAGUUACUCCAUGGCGGUGGUGGGUACACAUUCGAAUGGUAUUCUUACCAAUGUCAUGGAUCUGGUCGAAGAGGUGGACGAUGCCUGAGACCGAGGUGAUCCGAGAGCUGCGUCAGGAACUCUUCACGCAACCGUGGGAGACUGUUGAUUGGGCGGCCGAGAGGAACAACAUCGCGGAAAUUGACAAUUACCACCCCAAGUCCUGGAUAUUGAAUGCAUUUAGUUGGACGAUUAUGAAUGUGUGGAAUCCAUUUCUCCGCCCCAGAUGGCUCGUAGGCCGUGCGGAAGCAUGGGUUAGUCGACUGGUGGAUAUGGAGGAUUUGAACUCGGACUACGCGGAUCUCGCAUCGGUAAACGGCCCAUUAAAUACCAUCCUCUGCUACAUCCGGGAUGGCCCAGACUCGUAUUCCCUUAGACGCCACCGUGAGCGACUCGAAGAGUUCCUCUGGGUAAACGCCGAAGGCAUGUUAGUUAAUGGUACCAACGGCGUUCAGAACUGGGAUACAGCGUUCCUGAUUCAAGCCGUCGUCCACGCUGGUCUCGCUGAGGAUCCCAAAUGGAAACCAAUGCUCGUGAAAGCGCUUGGGUUUCUUGAGUCCCAACAGAUCCGCGAAGACUGUAUUGAUGCAGAUAUCUCUUACCGCCAGAGGCGUAAGGGAGGCUGGGCUUUCAGUAACAAGGAUCAAGGCUAUCCGGUUAGCGACUGUGUCGCGGAAGCAUUGAAAGCAGUUAUUCUCCUCCAAAAGACACCCGGAUACCCGCAACUACUCGAAGACCAACGCAUCUACGAUGCCGUCGACACCCUAUUAGAGUACCAAAAUCCGUCCGGGGCUUGUUCAUCCUACGAAAGGACAAGAGCGGGCCCGUACCUCGAGUAUCUCAACGGGGCCGAGGUAUUCGGUCGCAUAAUGUACGAGUACGACUACCCGGAGUGUACCACAGCCGUUGUAACGGGCCUGGCCCUCUUUCAGAGAUACUGGCCCGACUAUCGCAGACACGACCUGGAGGUCUUCUUGCAGCGCGCGGUCCAAUACAUCAAAACGGCGCAGUAUCCGGAAGGCGGCUGGUACGGCAGUUGGGGUGUGUGUUUUACGUAUGGUACUAUGUUUGCCCUGGAGAGUCUAUUCACCAUCGGCGAAACGUACGGUAACAGCUCUCACGCGAAGCGGGGGUGCGAUUUCCUGGUGUCGAAACAGCGCGAGGACGGCGGCUGGUCUGAAUCAUAUCAUAGCUGCGAGAAACUUAAGUACACCGAGCACCCCAGCGGGAGUCAAGUCGUACAGACAGCCUUUGCCAUCAUCGGUCUGCUGCAGGCUGAAUACCCACACAUGGAGCCGCUGCGCAAGGGCAUCAAGCUGAUUAUGGACCGCCAGCUGCCGAACGGCGAGUGGGCGCAGGAAGCGCUGGAAGGGGUUUUUAACAACAGCGUCCUGAUCUCUUAUCCGAACUACAAAUUCAUCUUCACGAUAAUGGCUCUCGGCAAGUUCGCAAAACGCUAUCCGAACGAAAAGAUUAUUUGAAAUUUGGUAGCCGUCAAUAAAUAAUAAUAUUUAACCCAAGCAUAUUAUAACUAAUAAGCAA